AUGAGCGGCGAUGCUCCGCGCGGGUCAUUCGCAGACACGCGGGAACCAAAGGGGGCGCCGGAGAGCCCUCCACACCCCGGGGACCCCUAGGCGGCUGCGGGGUCGGCUCCUCGGCCCGACUUCCGGCGGCUGGGGCUGGUCGGCUUGCGCAGGCCUGCGGCCCGCACCGCGCGAACCCCGCAGCGUCUUCCGGGCCGAGGCGGGGCCGGGCCGGCGGGAGGCGGGGAAGCGGGAAGAUGACUUCCCUCUGGAAGUCUUCCGCUUUCCAUUGACUUUAUUUUUCUGUUUCCAAACCACCGUCUUGCGAUGCCUGCUUGCCUUGCAGAAGCUGAACCAGAGACGGGACAUCACCUCCUGGCUGGCCCGAUGGUUCCCCCAAACCCCAGCCAAGUCCGUGGUGGCCCUAAAAACACCCAUCAAGGUGGAGCUGGUGGCUGGGAAAACCUACAGGUGGUGUGUGUGUGGCCACAGCAAGAAGCAGCCCUUCUGUGAUGGCUCCCACUUCUUCAAACGCACUGGCCUAUCCCCACUCAAGUUCAAGGCCAAGGAGACCCGUGUGGUGGCGCUCUGUACCUGCAAGGCCACCCAGAAGCCCCCAUACUGCGAUGGCACCCACAGGAGUGAGCGGGUGCAGAAGGCAGAAGUGGGCUCCCCACUCUGAGGGGGCGGCUGCUGACCGGCCCAAGAAGGGAUCACCCCAGGGACCCCAGUACCCGUAGCUGGCUUGUGAAGGACUUGCUCCCGUAACCCGAGGUCUCCAACCUGGGGCAGCUGGAACUGGCCCCUGCCCCAAUGCCUGCUCGCAAAGAUGGCAUUAAAUAGGUGUGCCGGCCCAGA